UAGUGGCAGAAAGGAGCAGUACGGAUCGGUGGAGCGAUGUUUAUUGUUCUUCUGUGUGUUUGUUGAUAAUCUUUACUUGGCCUAAUGUGAUUUUAAUAGGGGUUUUUGGCGAUGCUGUCCAGUUUAGCUUCAGAUUUGCGGUGAAGCAUGGUGAAAUGAGAUGAGCCGAUAGAGAGCUGCAGACAGUCGUGUUUCAAACUGCAGCAGCAGUGCAGGCAGGACAGAGCAGACACCGGCCGGUCUGCAGACUCUGCACACACACACACACACACACACACACACAUACACACACAUACACACACGCUCUCUCAAACACACACACACGCACACACAGACAGACACACACAGACAGAGCUGCAGGGAGGACGGGUGUUCCCCUCUCAGCCACACCGGGGGUUUGGUGAAAAGUUUUAGGGCAGCUGCUGAGUCGGUUGGAGGCAUCAUGGUUGUGUCGGUACGGAGCUGGGUCGCCAACGAGGGAGGAAAGCACUUGGUCCUGAUGCUGUGGUUGGGAGCGAACACCUGGCUGUUUGUAAAGACCUUCCUGCUCUACUCCACUGGACAGCAGUAUCACUACCUCUACAAGAUGCUCGGGCUAGGGCUGUGCAUCAGUAGGGCGUCUGCGUCUGUGCUGAACCUGAACUGCAGCUUGGUGCUGUUGCCCAUGUGUCGCUCCCUGCUCACCUUUGUCAGAGGAACACACCAGGUAUCAAGCAGAAAGACACGCAGACUCCUGGACAAGAGCAAGACCUUUCAUGUGGCCUGUGGAGUCGCCAUCUGCAUCUUCUCUGUUGUACAUGUUUCUGCCCACCUGGUGAAUGUCGUCAACUUCAGUGUCAGCUACUCAGAUGACUUUCCGGCUCUUAAUUUGGCCCGCUACAAGGGAGAGGACCCGAAGCUGAUCAUUUUGACCACAAUCCCAGGGGUCACUGGUGUCCUGCUGGUUCUCAUCCUCUUCCUGAUGUUCACGUCGUCUUCGUACUGUGUGCGGAUAUCCAACUAUGAAAUCUUCUGGUACACACACAACCUCUUCAUUGUCUUCUACAUCAUCCUUAUGGUGCACAUGGUCGGUGGAGCACUGAAAUAUCAGACCAAUCUAGAGGGCCACCCUCCUGGCUGCCUCAGAGCCAAUCAGAGCAGCCCAGAGCAGCGCGGGGAGGAGCUGGAACAGCAUGAGGAUGAAGAGCAGAGAUGCAGAGAGGAGGCUCACUUCCAACCUCACUACCCCCAGACAUGGCUUUGGGUGUCUGGUCCUCUCUGUCUCUACUGUGCGGAACGUUUCUACCGCUACAUCCGAAGUAGCGAACCCGUUACCAUAGUAACAGUCAUCAGGCACCCCUGUGAUGUCAUUGAGUUGCGAAUGCUGAAGAAGAACUUUAAAGCUCGUCCCGGGCAGUAUAUUGUUCUCAACUGUCCAGGUGUCUCUUCAUUUGAGAACCAUCCCUUCACGCUAACAGCGUGUCCCACAGAGAACAAGCAAACUUUUGGCAUCCACCUCCGAGUCGUGGGAGACUGGACUGAGCGGUUCACACAGCUGUUACUUCCUGAGCCAAGGAUAGACUUGGAGAUCCUCCCCAUGGUGCAACAGAGGAGAUACCCCAAGCUUUACGUGGACGGUCCAUUUGGGAGUCCAUCAGAAGAAGUGUUCAACUACGACGUCAGUCUUUGUGUUGCGGGUGGAAUAGGGGUCACGCCGUUUGCCUGCGUGCUGCACGCUCUGCUUGAUGGCUGGACAGGUUUCAGGUUGCAGAGGUUGUACUUUGUGUGGGUCUGCAGGGAGCUCCGGUCCUUCUACUGGUUUGCUGAGCUGCUGUGUGCCCUGCAUCAUAAGUUAUGGCAAGAGAACAGACCAGACUACUUUAAUCUGAAACUGUACGUCAGUCAGACAGACAGCCUACAGAGCAUGUCUGAGGAGAAGUACCGGCCGCUCGCAUCGAGGCUGCUAGUCGGUAGACCCAGGUGGAAGUUAUUGUUGGAUGAGAUUGGGAGAACCAAUAAGCAUAAGCGAGUGGGGGUGUUCUGCUGUGGACCUAAAGGCAUCUCCAGGACUCUCCACAGACUGUGUAACUCAGCCCGCUCCUCUGGAACCACCUUCGAAUUCAACAAGGAGUCCUUCAGCUGAUUGUGCAUCAGAGCUGGUCCUAUGCACUCUGAGGUCAAAUUCAGUUUUAAAAAAAGCAACUUCACGAUGGAUUUAGUCACACAUUUUGGGACAAAUUAUGUCUAUUUGAAUUAUAUUUUAUCAGAAUAUCUUUGGCCAAUCUUGGUUACUUGAAAUAUUGUACACGUUCAUGAAAUUAUACAUCUAUUAUAUGAAACUGGCUAAAAAAUAAAAUUUACAGACUGUAUUUAUAUUUUAUAUGCAUCCUUGCCCAUGGUCACCAAAGGCUGAGCAGUACGAUGACUUCACAUGCAGCACAAGGCUUUUUUCUCUCUACAGUCCAACCCUGACCGCUGACUGGAGCUCCAGUAGCUUCAGCUUGAGCAUCAGAAGACCUGAGUGGCCUCUAAAAAAAACUGUACAGUCUAAGCAAAUUCAAAGAAGCCAGCUCACUGCACUGAUUCUCCACUAAUGAUGCUCUGCUUUUCUAAAGUUGCUGUUGGAUUUGAUCUUUUCCCUGACCCACCUCUCCUAGCUGUAAAUGUGUUUUCUCAUGUUGGAGUCUAAUGUGGGAAAAACACACAACCUGGAAUUCUGUGGCUCCGAACACAACAGCAAGAUAAUAAUAUCUCACAGAAGGAAUUCAUCUUUCAGUGGACCACAGCCGACAUGUCAUGCAGGGACCAGACAAACUGUUUUUAUAUGAACAUUUAAGAAGGAGUGGACUGAAGCAAGUUGGAAUCACAUGGGCAAAUCAGAUGUGGUAACCACUGACGCCAAACUGGUGUUAAAGGUUUUUUUUUCCCCUGAGUGAAGAUUCUCAGGCAGUGCAGGUGUUUACUGCAACCAGAAAGCUCUACAGAUCCAAGAAAACCUCCACCUCAAGCCAGUAUUUCUGCUUAGUUGUUAUUUUCAUUUAUUUAUAUUGUUAAAUGUUAUUUGAUGUCAUGUGAAAACUUCUGCAGGGCUUUGGCAAUUCCUCCACAAAUGUCCAACGAAAUCUUUUUAUCUCCAGAAAGCAGUUACUGAUAAAAAAAAGAAAUUAGGAUAUUGGUGGAUUUCCAGUUGAUUGAUUGAUGUGUAAUUUGUGAGUUUGACGCUACAUUUUCAGUAGUUUGUCAUAUUUCUGUUAUUAAUUAAACAAACUUCAGACUGUUUGAAACGUUUGUUGUGAUUCAAAUUGCCUGUAAAAUAGUCUUUUUUUAAUGUAAAAAUUACACAUUAGCACGAAACUAAAUUUGUGAUCAUGUGAAAUAAUACCAGGUAGUUACAUCCAAUGUCAACUGAGAGCACACAUAUUAAAAAAUAUUAUGGAGGGUUAG